AUGUCGACAGUUGCUUUACCCAACACCGACUUCCAGUCUCGAAUAACGGUGGACGACCUAAGGACUCUGGCUGCCAAGUUCGACAUUCUGCUCAAUUCUGGUGCCGACGAGGAAGCAUAUUUGACACUCUUACAGUCAGCUGAAGCCGUGUACGAGCAUCUUGAGACAGUUGAAGACUACAUUCACCCUGAUCUUGUCCCGGUCCCGACUUUUUCAGAAAGAACGUAUUGGGAGCCUCCCACGGAAGGAAAUCCUCUAAACGCCUGGAGUCAUCGCUGUAACUUUCAAGCGGCUAGUCCAAAAAGCAACCUUCUUGCUGGACGCACCGUUGCUUUCAAAGACAACAUUGCUGUCGGGGGCCUUCCGACGACCAUUGGGACCCGUUCGAGUCUUCUUUCGAAAGACGGCACAAGGUAUCCCAUCUCAACGAUCGAUGCCACGGUUGUGUCAAGAGUUUUGAAUGCUGGUGCCACCGUGAAAGGCACGACAACGUGCGAGACUUAUUCUGCUUCGACCUUGUCAUCAACCUCCUUCAGAGGACCGGUUCAAAACCCAUGGGCCAAUGGCUACAGUGCCGGCGGCAGCAGCAGUGGCAGUGGAGCCCUGAUUGGUGCGAACCUUGCUUCGAAGUUUAAGGGCGUCACGUUUGGCGAGCAUGUUGAUAUGGCCAUUGGUGGGGAUCAAGGUGGCAGUAUCCGAUUACCAGCGGCCUAUAAUGGAUGCUUCGGUAUGAAAGCCACUCAUGGUCUGAUCCCUUACACGGGAGUUAUGGCUCUUUCACCUAUGGUGGAUCAUGUGGGCCCAAUUGCCAACAGUCUACACGAUAUUGCCCUUUUGCUGCAGGUACUGGCUGGAUACGAUGGCAUUGACGCAAGGAUGACACCAGAAUCACCUUUGCGAAACAAUAUACCGGACUAUCCAAGUCUCGUACGAGAAGCAUUUGCGGAAACCCAGUUGCCAGCCUCUCAGCGGCAAUCGCCUUUCACAGUUGGGCUAUUGAAGGAAGGAUUCCAACUUCCAGGCAUGAAUCCAGCGAUCGCAGAUCUUGUUUACCAGGAGGCGAAGAAGGCUUUCGAGGAAAUCGGAGCUCGAGUUAUCGACGUCUCUGUCCCUCUUCACAAGGAAGGACCUUUGAUCUGGACCGCCUCGACUCGAGCUACGAUGUCAGAUUGGGCCGUUGCUAUGCAGACACCAGGCUACCUCUCUUAUCAACCACCGCACAUGCAGCUGCAAUGGCCACCCAACCAGGACAUGUACGAAGCCCUUUCGGACACCAACCCCACCGUUAUGAACUUGGUCUUCAGCAGUGCGUUCCUCAAGGAAAAGUAUGGACCAGGGAUCGAAGCAAAAGCGCACCGUAUGGUGUUCAAGCUGCGGGAGGCUUACAAUCAAGCAUUGAACGAAGCUGAUGUACUAAUCAUGCCUACAACCUUGGACCUAGCGUCACAACAUCCAGAACUCAAGCGAGAUGGCAAACGAACAGGCAUCAUGGAAAGAAUCAACCCUGCUAUUGGGCUAAGCUCCAACACUUGCCCGUUCAACAGCACAGGCCAUCCGGCUAUGAGUGUUCCCUGUGGUUUCGAGAAGAACCAGAAGACGGGUGAGCUUUUGCCAGUAGGUAUGCAGAUUGUGGGACGGCGAUGGGACGAGAAAACCGUGUUGAAGGCGGCGGCGUUUUUCCAGGUCGGGCAGCAGCGUAAAGAUCGAGACUCACCGGAAUCUGUGCAAUCUCAUUUCUGGGUCCUGAGUUGGAGCAACCGACAGUCCCAAUUCGUAAACUUGGAGUGGUUUGGUUCCAACACCGGUGAUAGAUCUCCGGUAAGAUUACCAGGGCGGGCAGGUCCCGAAAAGACUGGACUUGUCGAUCCACGGGCAAAGGCCUAG